AUGACCCACUCGGUAUUUGGCUUUUCAGAUAUUUAUUUGACUUGUCUUGACUACAGAAAAGCAAAGGCGUACAUUCUGUCUCCCAGAGGUGCCCAGAACAAAAAUAACUGGUUUAAAACAAUUGAGGCAGAAGUGCAGAGAAGAAAACAGUUAAUUCAUCAGUCAGUGGAACGCAAAGCCAUCAUCUCAAAGUGCUACAAACGAAAACACCCAGAAGUGUACAUUCUGCAGGAGUCAUUCCUGGCUCCAGAUUUUCUAGAAAUCGUGAGAUACUGCACAUCGCCGGAUGCUCAUCUCCAUGGCCUCCUGCGCUACAUCGAGUCCUUCUCAGAUAAGAGGAUCUAUCGUCUCCCAGUGUUCACGGAGGAAUUCUGCCAAGCCUUUGUGGAUGAGCUGGAGAACUUUGAGCAGUCGGACAUGCCCAAAGGCAGGCCCAACACUAUGAAUAACUAUGGGGUUUUGCUAAAUGAGCUUGGGAUGGAUGAAACGCUCAUCACACCCCUGCGUGAAAACUACCUGCGGCCCAUAACGGCACUGCUUUAUCCUGACUUGGGAGGCGCUUCUCUGGACAGCCAUAAAGCCUUUGUUGUCAAGUACUCGCUACAUGAAGAUUUGGAUUUGAGCUCGCACUAUGACAAUGCAGAAGUCACCUUAAAUGUUUCACUGGGAAAAGACUUCACAGAAGGCAACUUGUACUUUGGUGAUUUCAGCCAGGAUCCUACCCCAGUGCCAAAGUACAUAGAGAUCGAACACGUGGGAGCCCAGGGGCUGUUACACCGAGGAGGGCAGAUCCACGGGGCACUUCCCAUUGCCUCCGGGGAACGCUGGAACCUCAUUAUUUGGAUGAGAUCAUCUGCCAUCCGCAACCAGCUCUGCCCCAUGUGCAAUAAGAAACCUGAGCUGGUGGAAGCAGAGGGGUUUGGAGAUGGGUUCACAGAAACCCUUGAAGAUGAUGCGCCUGAGACUGUCAAUCUCUGUUCCUUAUGGUAG